CCCAGAAGGCCGCGGGUGGCACGCCGUUCGCGCGUGCGCAUUCCGAGGGCCGGGCGCCGGGAGGAGGAGGGGGAGGGGCGUCCCGGACGAUUUAACCCCGGAGCGCCGCUCGUGUGAGGCGCAGGCGGGCGCCCGGGUGCGAGUGGGACCCUGCUCGCCUGGCGGGCCGCGUCCGCCUGCCCAGUGGCCAUGAUAGUGUUUGUCAGGUUCAACUCUAACCACGGGUUCCCAGUGGAGGUCGAUUCUGACACCAGCAUCUUCCAGCUCAAGGAGGUGGUUGCUAAGCGACAGGGGGUUCCAGCUGACCAGCUGUGUGUGAUUUUCGCAGGGAAGGAGCUUCGGAAUGGCUUGACAGUGCAGAGCUGUGACCUGGAUCAGCAGAGCAUCGUUCACAUUGUGCUGAGACCGCGCAGAAAAGACCCAGAAGGGCACUCACCUCGGGGGGACAGCCCGCGGCCCGCUUGGGGGCGCUCUGACAGGGAGCCCGAGAGCCUGACUCGCGUGGACCUCAGCAGCGCGCUGCUCCCCGCCGACUCGGUGGGCCUGGCUGCGAUACUGCAGGACAGCGAGGAGGGCGGCGCCUCGUCCGCCCGCAGGCCAGCAGGUAAACCGACCUACAACAGCUUUUAUGUCUACUGCAAAGGCCCGUGUCAAGGAGUGCAGCCGGGAAAGCUCAGGGUGCGGUGUAGCACCUGCCAACAAGCAACGCUCACCUUGGCCCAGGGUCCUUCUUGCUGGGAAGAUGUCUUAAUCCCAAACCAAAUGAGUGGUGAAUGCCGGUCUCCAAACUGCCCUGGGACCAGAGCGGAAUUUUUUUUUAAAUGUGGAGCACACCCGACCUCUGACAAGGAAACAUCAGUAGCUUUGAACCUGAUCACAACAAACAGUCGAGACAUCAGCUGCAUAACGUGUACGGACAUCAGGAGCCCCGUCCUGGUUUUCCAGUGCACCCACCGCCACGUGAUCUGCUUAGACUGCUUCCACCUGUACUGCGUGACCAGACUCAACGAUCGGCAGUUUGUCCACGACUCGCAGCUUGGCUACUCUCUGCCUUGCGUGGCUGGCUGUCCCAACUCCUUGAUUAAAGAGCUCCAUCACUUCAGGAUUCUUGGAGAAGAGCAGUACAAUCGGUACCAGCAGUACGGGGCGGAAGAGUGCGUGCUGCAGCUAGGGGGCGUGCUCUGCCCCAGCCCGGGCUGCGGGGCGGGGCUGCUUCCAGAAGCGGGCCAGCGGAAGGUCACCUGCGAACCGGCCCACGGCCUGGGCUGCGGGUUCGUCUUCUGCCGGGACUGUAAGGAGCCGUACCACGAAGGUGACUGCGGCGCCAUGAUUGAAGCCUCAGGAGCAGUCACUCAGGCCUACAGAGUCGAUGAGAAGGCAGCAGAGCAGGCCCGGUGGGAGGAAGCCUCCAAAGAAACAAUCAAAAAGACCACCAAGCCCUGUCCCCGCUGCCACGUGCCCGUGGAGAAGAACGGAGGAUGCAUGCAUAUGAAGUGCCCGCAGCCCCAGUGCCAGCUCCAGUGGUGUUGGAACUGCGGCUGCGAGUGGAACCGCGCCUGCAUGGGGGACCACUGGUUCGACGUGUAGCUGGAACAGCGGCCGCGCAGGCGCACUCAGCCGCCAUCCUGCUGGGAAGUACACGGCGCCCUACUAUCUUCUGCUUAUUCCUCUCUCUACACACACACACACACACACACACACACGCACGCACGCACGCACGCACGUUUCCAGUUCUUUCCAAAACCACCAAAGCAAAGUUACCGGAGAAGCUCCCAGGAUCCCCGUCUCCGGGCCCCUGAGAAACAGCGAAGCCAGUGAUGAGUCCCGCAGGAAGUAUUCUCAAGCCCCGAAAAUACACUCACAGUCAGAGCACAGAGGACGGUGCGGUUCCCCGUCUGUGUGCGCUGUCAUUCUUGAUUGAAUUCAAGUCAGACUGGAUAAGUACAUAAAGACGGAUUUCUCAAUUACCUGCCUUUUACCUUCAGCAAAUACUGGGAAGAAGCCUUUGGUGGGGUGGGGAAUGAUUUCGAGGGACUAUUACCUGUGGUUCUCUGUAAGACUGCAGUGGAUUCUGAGAACUUCAUGCCCGGCUUAAAUAGCAACGGACUUAUUUAAAUCUUCAGGAAGCAUGUGUUCCCAAAGAGCCACAGGCAGUAGUCAAAACUGUGUGUUUAUCCCCAAGAAUUCUAUAUUUAUAUCUUGCAUUAAUGAAACAUCAACUCUGCAUGAAUCAGCUUGUCAACUAAGUGAGAAAUUAUGAAAGUUAAUCUGAACAUUGAAUGCUCAAAAUGGAUGUAUUUGAACAUUCACUCCAUUUAACUCUCGGCAACUUUAGAAGUUGUUUUUCUGAAAACAUUACAAAAUCUAGAAUUUGACUUUAAGCACUCAUUUUGAGCGUGAAAAAUAAGCUCAUACGUCUGGCUUCACUGUACAUAUGACAAGGGGCCUCUAAAGGAGACACUGUUAGAAAUCAGUUCAGUGAUGAUUCUCAGUGUUAAUAAACACGCAGUUUAUUAAAGCAGAAUCUCUAAAGAAGGAACCUUUCCAGCCCGUCAGAAUGAAACCAGGCAGAUCAGAAGGGUCAUGCUCUUUCUAUCUGCCUGGACAACUUUAAUCACACUGUUUUAUAUCAGAGUAUAUUUUCUUCUGGAUCUCUUUCAGAUCUGAUUCAAAUUGCAGUUGUCAAAGCAAUAAGACGCACAGGGAAACUGCAACAACAAAAGUGCCUAGAAAGGAUAAGGGGGUCACUGCGGACGAAUUGUGAUGUGGAAUCAAAAUACAACAUAAGUGUAAUUAACCAGGUUCAGGGCAACCCGCACGGGGGCUCUGCCCACCCAGUGGGUUACUCAGAGUUCUUUUCUCUGCGACUGUAAACUCACAGGAGAGUUUUUCCUCACGUUAGCACAGCUUGAAUGGGAUUGCUGAUCAAGUUUUCAUCUUUGUUUUAUGUGUCAUUCGCAGUGCAUCAAAGAGAGACGCAUUUUCGCUGAAUGCCACCAGCCUCCCUCUCCGUGGCACAGUGUGCGGGUGGAACAGUCUCACCGCUGCCUUUUGUUCUCAUGGUCCACCUUCUCGGGAAGGUGGUGACGGUCCCUGAGGGUGUGAUGACUCUCCUGUGAGCACAGGGCUUCUUUCGGAUAGAUUUGGAGACCGGUAGCCAGCCUCAUCUUUGUAGACAUAGCACCAGAAAUCCUUGCUGGAGGGAGAGGGCGGGGAAACCUCAGCAAGCUCCCGCAGAUGUCCUGUGCCCCCUGUCCCUAAGCGUCCAUCCAGGGACUGUCCCACCCCACUCCCUCCUGCGGAGGUCCUGAACCUGGAAAGUGAUUGGCGGGAGACAGCCCCAUCAGUGGGAAAGGAGUCAGGUAGCUUCACUCUGUUGAUCCAGCCUCUGCAUCAUGGCCCCAAGGCUGCUGGCUCCUGUCAGGGUCCCUAUGGGUAGUACAGAGAUGAUGCAGAGCUGGUGUCUCGAGUGAGAAAAAGGCAGGGCACCGGGCUUGAGCCACCCUUGCGGUUGGCUGGCAUCAGGGCUCAGCCUAGAACCCACUGGGGGCCCUCCUGCGCGUUACCAGUGGUCCCAGCGGCUCCUUACUCCGACCCCGCAGGACAGUCAGGUGGCUCCCUCUGUCGUGGGGAGCUCCCAGCAUUUCAUACCCUCCAUGGGUCUGAGGUUUAAUGAUGCUGAUGUUAUUGCCUGCUCCCCGAUUUGCAUGGUUUGUUGGGGGUGCCAAGCUGAGCAAGGUUUGCUCCCUCUUGUUCUGGCAGUAGAAGCUCUAGGUCUCUGCUCUUUUCCUGAUAGUAGCCUUCUUUUUUUCUUUUUCAAAAUAGCAUAAAUUGAUUCUUAAAACAAGUUAAAGGAUAAACAGCCACUGUGAAUGAGGCUGAAUCACAAACCACUAUAAAUGAACAUGUCUGAGCACUGAACGGUGUCACAAAAAUCUGAAUCUAGCAAAAGAAAAGAAAUAAAGUCUUUGCAGAAGAGUCUUUAUUUUUUUCUAAGUUGUGUAAGGAAAUACUCGGCAACAAUUGUCUAAGGUCGUACUCAAAUUGUCAAUAAAAGAAUCAAAAGAG